CAGACAGACAUAUACAGGGUGUCCUGCAUAGAACGUAGCCAUAUGUAUACAUACUUUCUGAGAAACUAGUUUGUAAUAAUUUCCGCAAGACACUCUGUAUGUAUUUACCAUUCGUAACUGUAAUACCAUGUGUAUAUAUUAAUUCCAUAUGACUUUGGAUGAAUUAUGCGCUGCUGGAAUAUUUUUCGUGAACGAAUAGAACCUCUCGUAUUCGUUUAUAGAAUAUCAUAGGAAAAUCUUAUGAUUACGACUCUUCGAUCGGAAGGUAAUUGAAAACAAAGUAUGGAACACAUUUUCGUUAUUUAAAUGAUAACAGGUAUAAUGGGAGAAUGCUGACAUUAUCGAUAAUGGAGGCACACUUUUUGAAUAUAUACGAGACGUCUUUUAAUACCGAAACAUUUUUAUAACGUUAUUUCAUCGAAUUAUAUGUUCGAAAACGAGUAUGGUAAAUGAGUGCCUUAAAAGAUCAAGAUCCCGAUUAUGGGCCGUCCGUUGCAAACAAUGAAAAGCACCAGCAAAUUUACGAAGAAAACGCACGAAGCAACACUGCAAAGAAGAUAACGACUAUCAUAGAAAGAGAAUUUUCUGAAGAAAUAAACGCGAAAGAGAAAGAAGUUCUAGAAAUACAGGAGAGAUUGCACAGAGCAUCGAAAGUUUUGCAUCUUUUACGGUAUGUCACAGUCGCUGAUUUUUAUAAUCGCAAGCAAUGCCAGAAUUCGCAAGGCAGCGAAGCAAGGCAAAUACAAAUUCAUCCUGCAAUAAAACAGUUGAUUGGUAAAUCACCGAAAUUAUGCGAUAGUUUGUUAGUUUCUACAUCGAGUAGUGAAAAUGAUUUCACGACGUCGCAAACUGUAUUAAAGUCUGAAAAGUUAGAGGAAGAGACUUCUGAACGUUGCCAAGCAGGAAAACGUAGCAUCGAAGCCGAUGAGGAAUCGCGUCCAAAAAAGAUACCUAGGUACAUUCCGCCGAAAAGUGGAAUCCCAGAACUUCCGUGUCCGUCGAGAGGAAUUAGACAUAAAGCCAGAAAGCGUAUAAUUAUCGGGAAUAUUUCGAAAUGGAUUCCUCCAGAAUGGAGAGAGGAUGCAGCUAGUCACAAAUGGACGAUGUACGUCCGAGGAAAUAAAGAGAAUCCCGAUAUCGAUGAUUUCGUUAGUAAAGUUAGAUUCUUUCUGCAUCCUAGCUAUAGACCUAAUGAUGUCGUGGAAAUUACAGUACCGCCAUUUUGCCUUUCGAGACGCGGUUGGGGUGAAUUUCCGCUAAGAGUUCAAUUACACUUUAAAAGCGCGCUCAACAAACCGAUGGACAUAAUUCAUCAUUUGAAGUUAGAUCGUACUUAUACCGGUCUACAGACUUUAGGAUCUGAAACGCUCGUCGAUAUAUGGAUCUACGCGGAUCCUCGAAAUUCGAAACGAGAUAUCGACAAAAGCGCCGUUCAGCCGUUCGACGAGAAUGGAUCUAUAGUGAAAACGCCUUCUGACGAUAGUUGCAAAAUAAAACUAGAGAACAAUGAACAUUAUAAUUCCAUGUUUGAUUUCACGAAAAAUGAAAAUGAAUUAAUGAGUACAAAUUUCGAAUUGAAUAUCAAAAUAGAACCUCCGCAGGAUAACGAAAUUAAUGAAAAUGUAACAAGUACCGAACAGGUGCGAUUUUAUGUUGAUCAUGACCACGAUUAUUGUGGUUCGAAAUACUCGAACAGUUUUAAAGAAAAUUUGACUAUCGAUCACUCGACAAUCUCGUCAAGAUCUAUAGAGGAUACAGAGGUAGCGAUUCAAAAUAAUACUUUAGCAACGACUGAAUCUUCUGUAAAUGGAGACCUGACUAACGUAACGAUAAAGGAAACAAAUCCAGUCUCGUUUUCGUUAACAAAUGAACUUAAUACGAGUAAAGCAAAAGCACUUCCAUUAUCAUGCUCCAAAAUUCAAUCGAACCUUCGUCCUUUAGAAAUUUCCAUUCCACCGCUGUUCGAAUCGUCGAGCAAGCAUGUUUUAGUUUUACAAAACAAGAAGACUAUCUCCGUAGAUAUCGCGAUGCCGCGAACCGACGAUCAUAAUCGUAAACUUAUCGUUAAUCCAACAAAAUCGAAAGGAAAUUUAACAGCUUCUCGUGGCAUUAGCUUGUUAAAAAAGCCUCCAAGUUCGAACCAAAAUGGAACAGAAGCGCAAGGAUUGAAUCUUCAACUUUCCAGGAGCGUUCUUCUAAACGUAAACUCCAAUAUACCAGCCUUGAAAAUAGCUGAAAGAAGAAAUUUACAGAACGAUCACCUUUUCGAUUCGCUAGACGAGUCAGGCACCGAGGACCACACGAAAGCGAACUCUCUGGAAAAUUCGAAGGAAUUCAAGCUGCAAUCGCGACAAAAGAUUACUCUGGGUAAAGACAAACACAAGCUUCAAAGUAAAAAGGAGUUUUGCGACGACGUGUUCCGAACAAUUGACGCAGUAAAAAUUACAAACAUUCAAGGCCUACUGCGAUUUAUUGUUAGAAGAAUGCCUAUGGUGACUCGAAACGCUUCCGACUCGGAUUACAGACAAGUCCAUCCUUAUGCUUGUGCGAGCGAGGAAGAGUUCUUAAAAUACAGCCUUGCGAAACGAACCGCUUGCGAAUGGAGCAGAGCAAAGAUGAUACGGUGUCUUUUAAAAAAGAAACUGUUCCCGGAGGAGGAACUAUGGACCGUUAAAGAGAUAAUGAUUUGGGCGCGGUUGCACGGCUACGCGCCUUUUUGGUCCAAUUGCGGAGUCCAAUCCAUAAAGCAACAAAAGAAUUUGCUUGAUUCCACGGUUCCAAAAAGUAUGUCCACUUGUACCGAGCCGGAGGCUGUGUACAAGUGGCUUCAAAUUUGUCCAGAUCGAUCGAACGAUCAAUUUUCCGAUCACAAUUUGCAACAGUCCGAUCAAUUCGACAAUGAAAUCGAUAUAAUUAAUGAAAUUCCAUUGGAAAAUAAAAAGAAAGAUGUAAAGAAAGAGAAAAAGGAUAAGGCGCCGUUAAUUGCAAAGGUCGCGGUAUUGGAAAUAGAGGAAAAAUUAGCACCGCUUCAUGAGUUUGUCUGUGAAACUGCACGAGAGAUCGGCGUUAAACUAACGUCCGAAGAAAUUCUACCCAAUGUGAUAGACUUUACAUCUUCUCGAAUGAUAAUGAAGGCUGUCGAAUGCCUCGUCGAUGAUUUGAUUAGAAUGUCCUUAGCAAAAGCCUGGGAAAAAUGUAAUGAUAACGGAUAUCCGAAGAUGAUCGUUUUGGACGAUGUACGUGGAGCUAUCUUAAAUCGCGAAGAAUUCGAUAUAUUUACGAACCAAGGACUAGGGUCGAAGUAUCGACUAACAUCGAUGGAUCGAUUGAAAAAUAUAUAAAAAAUAAAAACUUUGCAACUAAGGAAACAUUUAAAUUUGAAAAAAAAAAUUGCUAUUAUAUUUACAACCCGAGCUAUGGACUUUUUUUUAGUAUAAUAGUAUGCUCCAGUACCAUUCCAAAAACGCAAACCUCGCACAUGUACAAAUCUAUACGUUUGAAUAAAGUAUAUAAAAUUUUGUACA